UUUUGAAUUAAAGGAAAAGGAAAGGGAGAGUCUCAAUAGAAGCAAAAUUGCCGAAUUGAUUCCACUGCCGAAUCAGAAACUCGGAGAAUUUGCUGCAAAUCCUUGAAAUUCUAAAUAGUAAACAUCGGAGAUGGCGGAUGCCAAGAAGAUGCGGAGCGAAGCGAGCACCAGCGGCGGGGGUGGAAGAGGCGAAAGCGUGGUCGAAGACUUCGGUCGCCGGAAAAGCACUUGUGGCUACUGCAAAUCUGGCGCCCGCACCAGUGUUUCUCAUGGGCUUUGGGCACAUAGUUUGACGGUUGACGAUUAUCAAGCUCUCCUUGACAGAGGCUGGAGAAGAUCUGGCUGUUUCCUGUACAAAUCCGAUAUGGAGAAAACAUGCUGCCCCUCAUAUACUAUUCGUCUCAAAGCUGCUGACUUUGUUCCUUCAAAGGAACAAGUGCGCGUGUCUAAAAAGAUGCAAAGGUUUUUAACUCGCACAUUAGAUGUGACCACAACAGGCAAGUCAGCUAAUGAGCUGAAUUCUGCGGCCGCUUCCAGCUCUGGAGAUAACGACAAAAAAAAAACUGCUACAGUGGAUUCCUCCAAAGUUGAUGGCAAAGAUAAGGAUAAAACUGGUCAGUCUGCGCAUCUCUUGUCAGACCAGAUUGAUAAAACAGUAGAGCUAUGUGUAGAAUCUGGCGAAUUACCUGCUAACAUACAGCUGCCAAAGGCUUCCGUCAAACAAGUAACACCAGCUAAAAGAAAAUUGCAAGCAGAAAACUCAGAAGAACUGGUGUUCUCCUGCAAUGUUGCCUUCCAGAUUGUAGCUACUAUACGGCGAGUAAAGAAAGAAGCUGAGCAUGUGAAAUCAGUUGAACAUGGACUUGGAGGGAACAAAGAUGUCUCUGACCUUUCCCCUCAGAAGACUGCUGAAAUUUUAGUGAGCCACUUGAAGCAGCUAGGACAAUCCCAUGGUUUUUCAGUUAGAGCUUGCAACGGACACAUAAAUUUCUAUUCUUCUAUAGAAAAGGCUGAUCUGGUGGAAGUUGGUAGAAGCACAGGCUCCAAAACUCCUCUCCCAGAUGCUGAUGCGAAUAAAAGAACUGUAAAGAAUAACACUGGAGGAGGCAGCCAAGAAAGGAGGAUUGAGAUUCGAUUAAAUAAAUCUAGCUUUGAUUAUGAAGAGUACUGUUUGUACAGAAAAUAUCAACUCAGGGUGCAUAACGAUACACCUGAGCAUGUGACUGAAAGCUCAUACAAGAGAUUUUUGGUUGACACUCCUUUAGUAUAUGUUCCACCAAAUGGCGAUGGCUCGGUGCCCCCAUGUGGCUUUGGCUCUUUCCAUCAGCAGUAUGUGGUAGAUGGGAAGCUAAUUGCUGUUGGAGUUAUUGAUAUAUUGCCAAAGUGUUUGUCGAGCAAGUAUUUAUUUUGGGAUCCUGAUUAUGCAUUUCUAUCACUUGGGAAAUAUUCAGCUCUAGAAGAAAUCAAAUGUGUUCAGGCGAACCAAGUACGUUGCCCAAUGCUUCAGUACUAUUAUCUUGGCUAUUAUAUUCACUCGUGCAGCAAGAUGAGGUACAAAGCUGCAUAUCGACCAUCUGAGCUCCUCUGUCCUCUUCGCUACGAGUGGGUUCCAUAUGAUAUCGCAAAGCCACUUCUUGAUAGAAAAAAGUAUGUGGUCUUAUCAGAUCACGCCACUCUACAAAACGAAGAUUCAUCGCCGCUGAAGGUGAGUGAUGAGCACAUGGAAGAGCAGCAAAAUGAGCUUGACCAGGAGACCACGGAUGAUGUUGGCAUGCAUGAUGAUGAAAUGACUGAACUUGACUCGGAUUCAUCCGACGUUGAAUCAGACUCGGAAGUUGGUGCCUCAGCCACUGUGGUCCUGGACGAUGCUGACUUUGACAAUGUUUUGAUUGGAAAAAGAAGACUUCGUCUCCGAUACAAGGAUAUUAAACAUGCGCUUGAUCCGAGUCAGAGGAAGUUCUUCGAAACACAGUUAGAAAGAUAUGCCAAAGCCGUUGGUACUGAGCUCUCGGGCCAAAUGGUUUACAUCGCAGGGUAGAUCGCUCUCUCUUCGAGGGCGUAUAUUGGUGAUCGAUGGUCUGGAUCUUCGCAAGGUAAUUCGGCUUUCGGAGCUCACAAUUGGGAGUUUUAUCUAUUGUUCCACCAGAUAUGGUAAUCAUUUCAUUUUCCAUCUUUCUCUAUAAUACACUUCAUGAAAUUCACAUUUGAUGGUGAUACACUCCCAUCUUUUCCAUCCUCCCCCCUCUAAUUAUUAUUUUCACUUUGAUGGUGAUGUGGUAUUAGGGGUGUACUUCAAAAACAAUGCAAAUUAAAAUAAUAUCCUUCCAACUA